CCCAGCAUGGCAGUCUCCAAUUAGACCAUAAAGUCUUUCAGUCCCACAAGGACAUACUUAUAACCUGCCCUCCUGGUAGGAAGUAGAUAUUCUAAAGAUUCAUUCAUAUCUCUCCCUUUGGUUAUGCUGUAGUGUAAGAGUGGACCCCAUGAACUUUGAAUUUCCCUUGGAGUCUCUGGAAAAUGACUGAUUCCUCUAGGUAUGAACUUCCCCGCAUAUCUUCCCAUUUACUGAAUACUUUUCAGAGGCAAGAAGAGCUAGAAUGCUGUUAAGGACUUAGGAAUAGGACAAAAUUCCCUGUUCCAAAUGAGUCACGCGGAGUAAAUAUGUUAAUCUUUUUCAUCUGUUAUAAAUAAUUUCCUUUUUUCCUUUUCCUUCAUUUUUAUUGUUUUAUUUUAAAGAGUAUUUUCACUUAGUCUCUGGCUGGCCUGGAACUCCUACCUGUUGGAUAAUCUCAAAGAAUUUUGCCCACCUUGUCUGAAAAUACCAGCAUUAGAGGUGAACAUGUCAGAGCUUGAUGAAUCAGUUCUUUUAAUUGGCUUAAUGGGGAUGAGUGGCUGAGUCUAUAUGGUUAAGGUAGCAAAGACAGAGAAUGUGGUCCUAAGUCUAGCAAUAGAUUUCUACCAUGAAAUGCAGCCCUCUUCCCUUCAGCUCCACUGUCUUUCUUUCUUUCUUUUUUUUUCUUUAAAGAUUUAUUCAUUUCAUGUAUGUGAGUACACUCUAGCUGUCUUCAGACACACCAGAAGGGCAUCAGAUCCCAUUACAGAUGGUAGUGAGCCACCAUGUGGUUGCUGGGAAUUGAACUCAGGACCUCUGGAAGAGCAGUCAGUGCUCUUAACCACUGAGCCAUCUCUUCAGUCCCUCCACUGUCUUUCUAAUUAGGAGCAAUAUUGUUUCGCUUUAUCAUGUCUGUUAUAAGUCACCAAAGGACUAGGGCAGAGUUCUGUCCUUUUCUACAGAUGGUGAAACCCAGACUCAGAAUGCUCUGUCAUUACUGCAUAGAUAUGUGGAACUGCUCAUGUUGCUCAUGCUGUGAUUCUAAUGACUCACUAAAGUGGAAGCCACCUCAGCCAGACCUGGUGGCACAGGCCUGUAAUCACCGUGCUUGGAAAGUGGAGACGGCCGUUUCAGGAUUUCGAGGUCAUCCAAGGUGAAAGGGAUCAAUGGGGUAUGGUGCUAGUCCUAGAGAAACAAGUCAGAAUGUGAUUGGCUCAGGCCUAUAUCCAUAUACUUCCUUGCAGCUCCAGAGGUUCAGGGUAAUGACACCAUUAAGUGUUAGCUGAGGUACUUACACUCCAAUUUUUCUAUACUUGAUAAUGUUUCCUGUUUGAAACACCCUGGUUACUUCAGGGCCAGGUUACUGCAAGUGGGAAAUUUUUCCUCAGGCCGGUAUGAGCUCCCUAAUGGCACAUCCAAUGCAAAGUGUUUAUCCCUGAAAUCAUGUACACACCAAACAGUACCUCACAAAGCAGGUGUUAUGCAUCUAUUUGUGCAUACAUUUUCACACGUGGUUAACAAGAAAUUGGAAAGGAAGGAUUUCAGGGUGCAUAAGGAAGAGAUAAGGAAGGCAAAAAAGUAGUACAAUAUAUUGAGAUCAACAUGUAUAAAAAUAAAAUUUAAAUAAAAAUGUGCUCAGAUAGCACAGCAGUUUGAUAAGGCACUGUUAGAGGGGCAGGAGGCCAAUUCCCAAAACUCCGUGGUUACUAUCUCUGUAAAGGAUCUGCUUCCCCCUGCUGGUCUAAGCAUAUACUGUGCACAGGCACAUGGGGGCAAAAUACCCAUACAUAUAAAAAAAAAUUCAAAAAGAAUACCUUAAAACACUGGAAUUCUCUGCAGUGAAGUCGUUGUCAUGAGAAAGAGAGCUGUCAGGGCUAGUUGAAAUGUAAUUCUUUUGUCCUGCAUUGAGGCAUCUAUUGCCUUCCUCUGAACCAGCUUGCUCAGGAGGAAAAGCUACUUUACCUUGAGGUUAGAAUAGCUCAGCACAGGUGUUCAGGUAAGAACAGUAACCAUUGCAGUGUCAUGUGACUGUUCCUUGAUGUAUUCUGUAUUUGUCUUCUGUGUCCUUUGUAUAUGGGAGGGUUGUGGAAUUGAAACAUCUUUUAAGUCUAUCUUUUUGAUCAAAACAUUAAGGACUAGUAUAGUUUUGCUGUGUAAAUCUCCAUCAGCCUCAGUGACUAAACUUGCAAGAUCCUAUUCCCAUUUAAAUUGUUCAAAGCAUCACCUGGAGCCCAAACUUAAAAGAGUCUUAUGGAUGACAGCACACGUGGAACUCAAACUCUGUCCUAGGCUGCCUCUUCUUUGGGCAUCAGCCAGAGGGGAAUGAGUGAUCUCUCCCUGGGAAAGGAUGUUAAUUCUACACCAGCUGUACAUCCAGCCUUUUAGAACAUUGUUUCUGAGACAAGCGUUCCCAUGGCGAGUCACAGAGCCCUCAUUCCACUAUGUUAUUUCCCACGUCAGUAACAUUGCUGUCUUACUGAUAACACCAGCUGAAUCUUAAGUUAACAUCUGUACCACCACUGUGUUUUAAAAGUUCACAUUUGAGUCAUAUAAUCAACUGUUUAUUGCAUCCAGAGGGAAAGGAUUUGCAUGAGGGGCAUAGCCUCUGCAUUCAGACCAGAAUAGGAGGAAGUUUAUUGGGUACACUACUGGGGCGGUGGGCACAAUCAGCUACUGGAGUAGCCAUUUAAAAAAAGGACCUGAUCAUGGCAGGGUGGUGAUUUAGUAAUUUUACAGAAUGUAUUAAUUCAUGUUGGGUGAAUGAAAACAGACUAGAUCCGUGGGUGUAGGAUUUGUGAUGUCAGUGAAGCCCAUGAGUAUUCAAAUAGCACUUAGGUUACUGUCCUGGGGAGAUGUGUGCAGUCAGCAUUGACAUAGAGAAGUCAACUCAGAAAUGUGAAACACAGGCCUUCAUUGCCCGUAGUUGUUUGUGGCAAGUUCCAGGUCCCAGCAGGCAACACUCCAGAUAGAGACAAGGUCAAACGGUAUUUGAUAAAUGCUUUUCCAGGAAAAGGGCUGCUCUUUUUCUAAGUCAGAAUGCCUAUGUGUUUUUCAAUUCUAUUUAUGUUUGUAAAAAGUCCUCCAUUGGUUCCCUUUAAUGCAGCACUGCUCUGAACUCUUACUUGUUUGCAUUCUGUGAUGUGUCCCAGGCACAAGAAUUUCUUUCCCUUUUUUACAAGUUCUGCUUAGGACAAGGUCUGCUGAAGCCCAGGCUGAGUCAUGCUACGUAAUAGAGAAUUGCUUUGAACCUUUAGUCCUGUCUCUAAGGCCACAUGAUGGGAGGACAGUCCUGCAUCUCUUCUAGGCUUGGCUCUGAAGGUGAAAGUUUUCCUGUAUUGGCAGUACUUGACAUUAGCAAUGAGUAGUGACGUCAUCAAUUUCCCUUGGUCGAUAAUCACCCUGACUGACCAUUACUCUGGACCACAGACCAGGCAAUGAAGAAUCUGGAAAGUGUAUUGCCAGGGCGUUAAGUUUGGAAUCGAUGUGUGGGGGUGGGAGCAUCCUCAUAGAAGCAAGGGUAGGGGGGCGGGGGUAUAGGAGAGGGGGAAAAGGAGAUAACAUUUGAAAUGUAAAUACAUAAAAUAUCUAAGAAAAUAAAUAAAGUAGAAACAAAUGUAAAGAAAGAAGAAUAUGGACAAAGACCUGAACUUACUGUGAACUGUUGUUGACACUAAUGCAGCUAGUUCAAAUUACUCUAGUUACACAAGUUCAGUUCCCUAAAACCAAACAGAUGGGCACUCUGAGGGAUUGUUAUUAUUUGCAAUAUUCAAGAUGGGAAAUCUCUUCUUUAAUCUGGAGGUAUUGAUUGACAAGAAAAAAUUAGUCUAGGCCAUAGCUUGUGGUGGGCGCUUCCAUGUAUAAAGGAUAUUGAAGUUGGUAGUUCUUUCUCUUCUUCCCCUACACUGGCUAGAAAGAUCAUUUUUUUUCUGGCAUUAGCAUCUCCUUCUCUUUAAUUCUGGCAUAUGGUAAAGACGAGCUGAGACACACAGCUACUGCUGUAUUCUUCAAAUUUCCAUUGGUAUACAGUUUUUGUUUUACUAGUUGGACCACAUUCUGCGAGCCAUUCUUAUAUAUCCACUCCAUGCACACAUAGACAUUUCCAUUGUAUUAGUUCUGUUCAUCUGGAAAACCUUUACUAACACAGAUAUGAUGUUUCACCUUCCGACUGAGGAAGAUGUGCUUCUAACAUUAGUGCUCCGUAGCUGUCGGCAUCCAUUCCCUGCUUUUCUCCCAGGGUUGUUUGCAGUCUCACAUGUAGCAGUUGAAUAUUAGCUUCAAUUUACCCGACGUCAGCGUACAAUCAGAGAAACAAAUAUCACACUUUGUGUCCUAAAGUCUCUCUUUAAUUGUUACUAUCCUUGGAACCUAUACUUUAGUCUGCUCCAAGCUGAAUACUGUACCUUGCAAGGUAUCCCUCUUGAUUGAGGAGCAGCAACAGCAGCAAGAGCAGGAGGAAGAAUCUCCUGCUGAGUGCUGGAAGGCAGAAAGAUAGGUUAUUGGAAGACACGCUAAAGAGAUACUGAAAUAAAAAUCUUGCUGCUCUGAGAAGGGUAAGCUCCUGGACUAGAAUCCUGGGCCAGGAAACGCUAUGCUGUGCGCCUUCAGCGCACUCUAAUCCUACGGGAGGGGUUCAUGUCACUCAAGAUUCACUGGCCAAUCAGGGCCUCCAGGCAGGGCGUCCACUAGUAGAAGAGGAGUGUACUUCCUGGUGCCCUGUUUCCAGCAUCCGAUUUAUCUGAGUUGCUUAGCGGGCUUGAAUGAUUGGCCUGAUGUGUUUUGUUGUCGGCUGCCGGGUGUCUCAUGGACGUGCUGGCAAUCUACUAAGUCGGGACAUGACAGUGACUUAUGAGGAUGUGUAUGUGAACUUCACUCAGGAAGAGUGGGCUUUGCUGGAUCCCUUCCAGAAGAAGCUCUACAAAGAUGUCAUGCUGGAGACCUACAGGAACCUCAAUGCUAUAGGCUUUAAUUGGGAAGACCAAAAUAUUGAGGAACAUUGUCAAAGAUCUAGAAGACAGAGAAGGCAUGAAAGAAGUCAGAGUGCAGAGAUUCCCUCCGAAUAUACUCACUGUGGAAAAGCCUUUGCUUUACAUGCUCACAGUCAUCCUCAAAGGAAUGAAAGGAUCCAUUCAGAAAAGAAGCCCUCUGAAGUUAUUCAGUGUGUUGAAGCCUUUGCUCCUUACACAGUUCUCCAAAUACAUAAAAGAACUCAAGCUAGACAGAAACCUUAUGGAUGUAGUCAACGUGGUAAAGUUUUUUCAAAUCACAGUAAACUUAAAAAGCAUGAAAGACUUCAUACUGAAAAGAAACCCUACAAAUGUAAUGAAUGUGAUAAAGACUUUUCACAACUCAGUAUACUCUACAGGCAUCAAAGAGUUCACACUGGAGAGAAACCCUACAAAUGCAAUGAAUGUGAUAAAGCCUUUUCACGACAUAGUAGACUCAAGAGGCAUAAUAGAGUUCAUACUGGAGAGAAACCCUACAAAUGUAAUGAAUGUGAUAAAGUCUUUUCAAUACACAGUAGCCUCCAGAGGCAUAAAAGCGUUCACACUGGAGAGAAACCCUACAAAUGUAAUGAAUGUGAUAAAGCCUUUUCACAACACAGUAGACUCAAGAGGCAUAAUAGAGUUCAUACUGGAGAGAAACCCUACAAAUGUAAGGAAUGUGAUAAAGCAUUUUCACAACACCAUAGCCUCCAGAUACGUAAAAGAGUUCACACUGGAGAGAAACCCUACAAAUGUAAUGAAUGUGAUAAAGACUUUUCACGACACAGUGGCCUCCAGAAGCAUAAUAGAGUUCACACUGGAGAGAAACCCUACAAAUGUAAUGAAUGUGAUAAAGCCUUUUCAGACCACAAUAGCCUAUGGACGCAUAAAAGAAUUCAUACAGGAGAGAAACCCUACAAAUGCAAUAAAUGUGAUAAAGCCUUUUCACGACCCUGUAGACUCCAGAAGCAUCAAAGAGUUCACACUGGAGAGAAACCCUACAAAUGUAAUGAAUGUGAUAAAGUCUUUUCACGACUCAGUAGACUCCAGACACAUAAAAGAAUUCACACUGGAGAGAAACCCUUCAAAUGUAAUGAAUGCGAUAAAGCCUUUUCACAAUCCAGUAGCCUCCAGAGGCAUAAAAGCGUUCACACUGGAGAGAAACCCUACAAAUGUAAUGAAUGUGAUAAAGCAUUUUCACAAUCCAGUAGCCUCCAGACACAUAAAAGAGUUCACACUGGAGAGAAACCCUUCAAAUGUAAUGAAUGUGAUAAAGCCUUUUCACGACACAGUAACCUCCAGAAGCAUAAAAGAGUUCACACUGGAGAGAAACCCUUCAAAUGCAAUGAAUGUGAUAAAGCCUUUUCAGUACACAGUAGCCUCCAGAAGCAUCAAAGAGUUCACACUGGAGAGAAACCCUACAAAUGUAAUGAAUGUGAUAAAGCCUUUUCAGUACACAGUAACCUCCAGAAGCAUAAAAGAGUUCACACUGGAGAGAAACCCUACAUAUGUAAUGAAUGUGAUAAAGCCUUUUCAGGACACAGUAGCCUCCUGACACAUAAAAGAGUCCACACUGGAGAGAAACCCUACGAAUGUAAUGAAUGUGAUAAAGCCUUUUCAGACCACAGUAGCCUCCAGAUACACAAAAGAGUCCACACUGGAGAGAAACCCUACAAAUGGAAUGAAUGUGAUAAAACCUUUUUAUACCACACUAGCCUCCAGAUACAUAAAAGAGUUCACACUGGAGAGAAACCCUGCAAAUGUCAUGAAUGUGAUAAAGCCUUUUCCCGACCCAGUAUCCUCUACAGGCAUAAAAGAGUUCAUACUGGGGAGAAACCCUACAAAUAUAAUGAAUGUGAUGAAGUCUUUUCAGACCACGGUAACAUUCAGAGGCAUAAAAGAAUUCAUACUGAAGACAAACUCUACAAAUGUAGUGACUGUGGUGAAGCCUUUUCGCAACACAAUAGACUCCUGAUACAUGAAAGGAUUCAUACUGGAGAGAAACCCUACAAAUGUAAGGAAUGUGAUAAAGCCUUUUCACGGCCCAGUAGACUCCAGAUUCAUAAUAGAGUUCAUACUGGAGAGAAAGCCUACAUAUGUAAUGAAUGUGAUAACGCUUUUUCACAACCCAGUAGAUGCCAGGUACAUAGAAGAAUUCAUACAGGAGCAAAUCCCGUCAAACGUAGUGAAUGUGUUAAACCCUUUUCACAACAAAAUAGUCUCUAGACACAUAGAGUUCAUACCAAAAGAAACCCUACAAAAGUAAGCAAUGUGAUAAAGCCUUUCACAACACAGUAAUCUCCAAAUACAUUAAAGAACAUACACAGGAGAGAUACUCUCCAAAUGUAACCAAUGUGACAAAGCCUUUUCCCAACAUAAUAGUCUCCAAAUACAUAGAAAAAUACAUACUGGAGAGAAACCCUAUAAGUUAAAAAUAGUGAUAAAAGUUUUCCAAUCCACAUUUAUCUUUUUUUGUUUGUUUUGUUCUGUUUAGAGUUAAAGACAGAUUUUAUUUUAAACUCUGAUUUACCAAAUAAGCUUUUCCUACCAACUCCCAGAGCAGAGACCUUCACAGGAUUCACAAUCUUUUGUUUAUUGACUGCCUUUGUGGGGGCCUUGGCAGCCACCAUUGCUAUCUUUGAUACCUGCUUAGCCUUUUUUACUUUCUUGUUCCUUCUAUCCUCCUCUCAGUGAGCUUUCCUGACUCCUGUUUUCUGAUUCUUCUUAGCAUUAUAUCAGCACGAGACACACAGGGAUGACUCCCUGGAAUGUGACUGUACUGCGGGUUCUUUUCUUUUGAAUUUCUUCAGCCUGUGUUUCGUGUGUGUGUGUGUGUGUGUGUGUGUGUGUGUGUGUGUGUGUGUGUGUGUGUGUGUGUGUUUGUGUGUGUGUGUGUGUGUGUGUGUGUGUGUGUGAGUGUUUCUGUAGAGGACAAUCUAGUUCAUCUGUCUAGGAUUCCUUUCGGAAAGGAACGCAGACUCACUUUUGCCAGUAAGAAAACUGGAAAACCUUCCAAUCUGUCUUGGCAUAGUGCUGCCCAUGUUCCAGGUAGAUCUUGUACCCCCUGAAACUGAACAGCUCAGCCUUCACAGUCAUAGAUGCUCACCUGCCAGGGAAAGACAGCACAGAGCACAGUCAUCUUAAAGGGCAUGGAGGAGUGAGUGAUGCCAUUAAGCACGUGAAAGCAGGUACAAGAUAGGACGAGGCCUGUCAUUGGAUGAGAGGGAAGGAUGAGUGGCAGAAAAGUUUGAGGGAAGAGGAUCUUAUCAAUUGGAUCAGAGGUUAUUGUGUGUUGUUUCUUGCGGGGAAUUAAGUUUAAUAGAGUAUGUGUCAGCUGGGAUACUAAGCCACCAUGGAAUUGAGAUGUAUAUUUCUGGCAUGGUGACAGCCUGCCUUGGGGACUGCAUUGGUAGACAGAUUGUUGCCAGGCUCAGAGAGAGGCCAUAGGCAGUGUUAUAGGGGCUAGAGCAAAGAGGGUGAGAGGCUUUGCUGAUUGAGAUUAAGAUAUCUAACAGAUAACUAGGGUCACUGUGGUGCUGACCAAGUGGGGGUAAAAGACAGCAUUCCAUUUUUUAUAAUUUUGCAGCAACACAUACACCUACAGAGAAGCCAUUGGUAUUUUGUUCAGUAAAUUUUCACCUUUUCCCAUGUAUUUGAGGCUCAUCCCCAAGUUUUCUUCUAUUACUUUGAGUAUCUGGUUUUAUGUGGAGUUCUUACAUCCACUUGAAUUUAAGGUUUGUACAGGGUGAUAAGAAUGGGUCAAUUUGCAUUCUUCUACAUGUUAACCUUCAGUUGAACCAGCACCAUUGAUUGAAAUGUUAUCUUUUUGCCACCUGAUGGUUUUAGUUCCUUUGUCAAACAUCAGUUGACCACAUGAGUGUGGGUUCAUUUCUGGGUCUUCAAUGCUGUUCCACUGAUCUGCCUGUCUCUGUACCAAUACCAUACAGUUUUUAUCCCCAUUGCUCUGUAGUACUGCUUGGGAAUGAUGAUUUCCCCAGAAGUUCUUGUAUUGUUGAGUAUUUUGUAUGCUAUUCUGGUUUUUUUGUUAUUCCAAAUGAAUUUGCAAAUUGCUCUAAGUCUUUGAAUAAUUGAGUUGGAAAUUUGGUGGAGAUUUCAUUGAAUCUGUAGAUUUCUUUUGGCCAAUUCUCAAUUUUUGCAAUAUUAAUCUUGCCAAUCCCUGAGCAUGGGAGAUCUUUCCAUCUUCUGAGACCUUCAAUUUUUCUUCAGAGGCUUAAUGUUCUUGUCAUGCAGAUAUUUCACUUGCUUGGUUAAUGUCACAACAAUGUAUUUUAUAUUUUUGUGACUACUGUCAAGGGUGUCAUUUCCCAAGGACACAUGCUGCUCUAUGUUUAUCGAAGCCUUAUUUAAAAGAACUCAGAUGGCCUCAAACACAGGAAUGGAUACAGAAAAUGUGGUAAGUUUACACAAUGGAGUUCUACUUGGCCAUUAAAUACAAUGACUGCAUAAAAUUCUUAGGCAAACUAUGAUAUAAAAUAUCAUAGUUACUGAGGCAACUCGGUCACAAACAGACACACAUGUUAUCCACAAACUGAUAAAUUGGAAUUAGCCCAAAAGCUCAGAAUACCUACAAUAAAAUUAACACAUCCUAUGAAGCUCAUGAAGAAGGAAGACCAAAGUGUGGAUGCUUCAGUCCGUAGAAGGGGAAACAAAAUACCCAGAGAAGGAAAUAAGGAGACAAAGUAUGGAGUAGAGACUGAAGGGAAAACAUCAAGAGAAUACUCCACAGGGUGUUCACCCCACAUACAGUCACCAAACAGAUACUAUUGCAGAUGCCAAGAAAUGCUUGCUGACUGGAGCCUGAUAAAGGUGUCUCGUGAAGGGCUCAGCUAGAGCCUGGCAAAUGCAGAGGUGGAUUUUUAAAGCAAACCAUUGGGCUGAGUACGGGGUCCCCAAUGGAGGAGUUAGAAACAGGAUUGGAGGACCUAAAGAGGUUUCCAACCCCAUAGGAAGAAUCCCACAGAGCUGAUCCCACAGAGCUUCCAGACACUAAAUGCCCAACAAAAGAGCACACGUGGAGCCACCCAUGACUCCAGCUACAUCUGUAGCAGAGUGUGGCCCUUUUGGAAAUCAGUGGGAGGAGAGACCCUUGGUCCUGUCAAGCUGCAAUACUUCAGUGUAGUGGAAUGCCAGGAUGGCAAGCAAGAGUGGGUAGGUUUGUGGAAGCACCAUCAGAGAAGCAGGGGAGGGGCUAUGUGAUAGUGGGUUUCUGGAGUGGAAACUGGGAAAGGGGAUAACGUUUGAAGUGUAAAUAAAGAAAAUAUCCUUUGACAGAAAAGGAGAAAAAGAAAUGGAGUCUUCUUUAGAAUGUCACAGCCUUCAGACACACAGCACUCAGGAUGAGGUAAAAUGCCUUUCACGUCAAGUUACUGCAGUCAACUACCUAAACUGAAACAGGUGGUUAAUGUGAGGUCUUUUUCUUAUUUGGAAUAUAUAACAUGGCAAAACCCCUCUUUUUUUCUGGAGCUUUUGAGUUCACAAGAAAAAUCUUUAGGCCACAUUUUCUGGUGGAAGCUUACAUAUGUAAGGAUGAUGAAGAUGGGAACUCUUUCUUUUUCUUCCUGCCAUACUCUGGCAAGAGAGAUCACUAUUUUUCUAGCAUUCAAGGUUCCGUGUUAGGAAAUCUGGUAUAUGCUGAAGACCAGCUGAGACAUAUAGACACAACUGUAUUCUUCAGCUUGCCAUUGUUACACAGUCAUUGUUUUACUCGUGGACAACAUUCCAUGAGACAUUUCUCUAUAUCCACUUCAUCCAUACAUAGAGAGAGCCAUCCUUUGUGUUCUGUUCAUCUGGAAAACCUCUGCUAAUACAGGUAAUGUGUUUUCACCUCCCACUGAGGAAGAUGUGCUGUCUUCUAAUAGUGCUCCACUGAGAUUGCCAUCCAUAUCCUACUUUUUCCCCAGGUUGUCUUGAUUCUCAUAUUGAAAUAACGAGAUAAUCCCCAUUUCUGGAGAAUUAUUUUGAAAGGGAAAGAUAAACCUUUUUUAUCUCCACUGGAGCAACCCUUGUAUCCAUUUGGAACACCAGGCCUCUUUGAAAAAACAGCCAUAAAGCACCAUCUUCAGGAUAGACCACAAUAGAGAAAGUCAUGAGACACCAGCUCUAGGAACAGACAAUAAAAUCUAGAACAAAUUCAUAAACACCCCUCGCUCCAGAGACCAGUCCAGGUAUAAGUACAAAUAUGGGAAAUACCUUUUCUCCGAAUGGGCCAUUUGCACUGGGCAGCCCUAUUUCAUUACAUGGUUAAAAGUUCAUAACACAGGGAUGCAAAACACUGACAACGUGUGACCUCUUAGCAUCCACCAAAGAAAUAUUUUAUUAUGCUAGAGAUUUUCCCUGGUUCCCUAUAAAAUGAUUUUGUGCUUUCCCUGGGGUUGGUAUUUCAAGAAUGGUUGACCUGUGUAUGAAGACCAUCUCUGUAAAAUGAGCCCUCUUUUUUUUUUUUGCAUACUAUCUAAGUCUGGGGUCUGCCUUCAGUGAUAUUCAGACCCUUACAUUAUAUAGCAGAUGAAAUUAGCUACAGUUUUCCUGAUGUAAGUGUGAAGUUACAGAAACAAACAUCAUAUUUUGUGUCCAGGAAGCUCUUUCAAUUGGGAACACCCCAUCUUUCAAGGGGUCAUAUAGUGAAUCAUGGACUUUAGAAGCUAAACAUCUUGAUUCAAGGAGGUGUAGUUUGAGUGGAGGAGGAGGGAGAGGACAAAGGGGUGGUAGAAAAGAAAAGGAAGAGGAAGAGUGAAAAGAACAAGAAGAGGAACAAGACAACAAGAAGAAGGAGAACAAGAUGAGGAAGGAGGAGGAAGAGGCAGAGCAGAAGAAACUGAAGAGGAAGAGGAGGAAGAGCGUGAGAAGGAAAAGCAGGAGCAGUAUAUAUGGAAGAGGAGAAUGGGGACAAGAAGAAUGGGUGGGAGGAGGAGGGGGAAGAAAUUUCCUGCUGGAAGAUAGAAAGGUGGGAUAACGGAGGACAGGCAUAUUUGAUACUGAAACACACAUCUUGGGGAUCUUAAAAGGGUCAGCUCCUGGACUAGAAUUCUGGCCCAGGAAACCUUAAGCUGAUGUGUCUCUUCAGCACAAUCUAACCCUAAGAGAGGUGCUUAUGGCACUCAAGAUCCACUGGCCAAUCAGGGCCUGUAGGUAGAGCUUGAAAUCAGAAGAGGAGGGAUCUUACAGGUGCCUUGUUCCUACAGCAAGUUCAGCUCUCUUGCUGAGGAUGCUUCUAAGGUUGGUAUAGUGUGUUUUGACCUCUUCUGCUGAGUGCUUUCCAAGAGUGCAGGCCUGAGCUACUAAACCUCAUUGUGGUGAGCAUGUGACCACUGUCCCUAACCUGAAUUAUCAGAGGACUGAGAAUGGGGAGGUGGCCAAGUGGCCCUCCUGUGUGCAGGGUGUAAAUUAGCAGCCACCUUUGAGGUUCUUGUGGUCCUAGCCACUAAGUGUUCUUAUGGGUUUCACAUGAAUAACUUCAGUAUGGGAGCCUCAUCUGCACAAAACAUUUGGAGCAAGGGAUUUCAAGUAGAGAUGCAUCUUUGGCAUGGUUCCAAAUUCGGAGAUCUUGUUUCUCAGCAUCUGAACCUUUCCUUAAGUAUUCCUUGUUUAUUCAAAGUUUCUCUGUUGACCAUUCUCUGUUUAGUACUGUACCCUAUACUUAAAUUAGGAUAUUUGAGCUGUUUCUGUCUAACCUCUUGAGUUCUUCAGAAAUUUUUAAUACUAACCCUACGUAAGAUAAAGCAUUAGUGAAUAUUCUGUUUCAAUCUUUACGCUGCUUUUUUGUCCUACUGACAGUGACCUUUACCUUAAAGAUAUUUUGUAGUUUCAUGAAGUCCCACUUUUCAAUUGCUGAUGUUGGUGCCUGAACCAUUGCCAUUCUUUUAAGGAAAUUGCAUCUUGAGUACUUGUGUCUGAUAAUAUGUUGAGGUCCUUGAUUCAAUAGGAUUGUGGUUGAUGUUUACAUGUGUUCUUGGGUUCAGUUUGGGUGUGUGUGUGUGUGUGUGUGUGUGUGUGUGUGUGUGUGUGUGUGUGUGGUGGCUUCAUUUUCAUUGAAUUCUGGAAAGUCUAUAAUUACUUUCUUAUUUCUUCACUGACAUGGUGAUCAGAGCAAAAAGAAUAUUUAGUUUGAGAGAAGUUUUAGGCUAUCUGUUCUGUUCAUGGAGAGAAGUUUCCCUACUACAGCUGUGUGUUUUUCACCUUCCCACUGCGGAAGAUGUUUCUAGGUAAUGAUAGUGCUCCAAAAUCAUUUUCAUCCAUUUCCUUCUUUUCUCCCAGUGUCAGGAGUCUCUAGGUAGCAGCUGCAGUUGUCCUGAUACCAUCGUGAAGUCACAGGAACAAAUGCCAUAUUUUAUAUCCUAAAUCUCUUUUUAAUUGGAAUCUUCUUAGAACAGUUCUCCUGUGAAUGUGAUAGUUCACCCUCCUGCAAGUUGAAUAGUGUAUUGUGAAAUAUAUCCACCUUGAUUCCUGGAGGAAGAAGAGAACAUGCCUGCUGAGUGCUAAUGCUGUCUUCAUUUUAGAUGUUAACCAUGAUAUAACUGUAAGUAAGCAUAACCAUAGUAACUAUAAGUAUUGAAGAAAACUAUAAGUUGAUAAUGAAUCUUAUUUGCAAGAAAAAAUGUUGAAGCGCUAUCUCUUUUAAUGUGUUAUUGCAUUCUUAGAAAGAAACACUUAUUCAGAACAGUUUUCUCAGAACCACAAUGAGUUCCAGACAACUGUCGCAGUGGGUAUAGCUGGUUCCUUCUAAACCUCAUGACAUAAUUUCAAUUUCCAAUAGACGCAUAUUAUCUAUGAAUUCUUUUCUCAUUUCUAUAGUUAGAAUCUGGCAUAGGUAUGUCACACACUGGCAGUAUAUAAAACGUUAAACAAAAUAAGGAACAAUGAUGUCACUGGAAGCUAAAAGCAUACUUGGAUCUUAUCUGUAGAAUGCACAUAGUGGAAGUAGACAAUAGACACCUGUAAGGUGCUUUUUUCUCACUGCUACCUAUACCCAUGGCACAGGUGUAGGUGCACAAACACAGUUGAAACAUUUCUUUAUGCAGAGGAAAUGAACAAUGCAAAGAAUAUGUCCCAUUCUUGAGAAAAUAUGAAAUGAUUUUCCUGUUUAAAUUAUUAUAGCAAUGUUUCAGUAGGUAUUACUAAACAUCAAACCCACGAGGCUUAAUCUGUAAGUUUUACCUUGCCAUUCAUUCUUUGAUUCAAAGCUAAGUCUGAAAAAACAUCUCAGUUGGCCUUUGGGCUGCAUUCGUGUAAUCCCAGGACAUGGGGAGGGUGGUAGGCCAGUCUCUCUGAAUUUGAGGCACAUUGCUGUACUUUGUAGUGACAUACUUUAUAGCCAGAUUCUGUCUCAAGAAGGAAACCCGAAAAGAAAGGUCAUACCUUAUUUUAUUGACAUUCCCUAAUAGAAUCUGAGUGUUUUCUGGACUCAUUUGGCAGCAGUUGGAGCCCACAACAAUGCAUGUCAGGUUUAAGUCUGAUGUGAGUUGUGCUUCGUGUAAGGAGAGAACAGGAACAUGCAUACGUGAAGAUUGACAUGCUGAAUGGGAUCCUAUUCGAGUUCCUUGAUGACUAAAAAUCAUUCAUUUUUGAACUCUGUUGGUAACUCUGGGUGACAUCAAGUCUGUCUUCAGGGUACCAUGGACCUCAAACAGAAAGCACUCUAAAACUAUGGAAGUCAGGUAUUUAGAAAGAACAAUGGGAGCUGGAGAGAGGGCUCAUCAGUUAAGAGCACCGACUGCUGAGUUUAAUACCCAGCAAUGGCACAGUGGCUCACAACCAUUUGUAAUGGGAUCAGAUGACUUCUUUGGUGUGUCUGAAGAUAGUGAUGGUGUACUCAUAGUUAUAAAGUAAAUACAUCUUAAAAAAUAAAAGAAAGGGGGCUGGGGAUUUAGCUCAGUGGUAGAGCGCUUACCUAGGAAGCGCAAGGCCCUGGGUUCGGUCCCCAGCGCCGAAAAAAAGAACCAAAAAUAAAUAAAUAAAUAAAUAAAUAAAUAAAUAAAUAAAUAAAUAAAUAAAAGAAAGAAUCAUGGACUAUUGAUCAACUACUAGGGAGUGGGCAUUGUAUAUUAAAGAGGAAGAUGCUUAGGGUACACCUGAACACUAGCUGCUUUCCAUUGUAAUCUCUGUAUCCACUCAGAUGUGGUGGGUCAGUCCUGUCCAGUUCUACCCCUCCUCUUUUUCUUUUGCAACAACUACACAGAUCUAUCUGUGUUAGCACAAUGCAUAGCCUCUGUGGCAGUCUCCCAUUAAAACUUAAAGGCAUUUAGUGGCCACCCAAUAGUCCCUGUAAAUUGCCUGCAUGGUAGGAAUUAGGUAGUCAAAAACUACAUUAAUAUUUCUCCUUUUGCUUAUGGUCUAAUAGAACACUGGACCCCAUAUCCUUAGAAUUUCCCUUGGAAUGUAAUUCUUAAACAUGACUGAUUCCUCUAGGUAAGGACUUCUGUGCAUAACAAAAGUUUAUUCCUUAACUGAAUACAUGUCAGGGGGAAAAGCAACUAAAAUUCAGAUAAAGAAUUAGAAAAAGGAGAAAAUUGCUGUUCCAAAUGAGUCACACUGAGCAAAUACAUUAAUAUAUUUUAAUUUCUCAUUAAUAAUUUUGUUUUGUUCUUUUUAUUCAUUUUUGUUGUUUUAUAUGAAAGUGUAUUCUUACCAGGAGUCUCUGGCUGCCCUGGAACUCUUACCUGUUCUAGAACAUCAGAGAAUUCUGCCCACCCUGCCUCCAAAAUACCAGCAUUAUAGGCGAACUUGUCACAGCUAGAUGGGUCUUUUCUUUUGAGUCUAUCUGGUUAGGGUAGCUAAGACACAGACUGUGGUCUUAAGUCUAGCAAUAGAUGUCUACCCUGAAAUGCAGCCCUUCAACCUUCAACUCCAAUGUCUUUCAAAUUAGGAGGAAUUUUGUUUUUGCUUUAUUAUACUGUUUGUUAUGAGUCACCAAAGGACUAGGGCAGAGUUCUGUCCUUAUUAUACAGAUGGUGAAACCCAGACUCAGAGUGCUAUGCCAUUACUGAAUAGAUAUGUGGACCUCCUCACCUUGUUCAUGCUGUGAUUCUAAUUACUCAGUAAAUGAAGUGGAAGGCAAGGCAACUGCCAGGAGCUAAGUCCUUACUCAGCCUCUCUCUCAGGAAUGUUUCAGGAAUGUCAAGCCCACUUACACCCUCUGGGACAUAGAAGCCAGAUGUCCAUUCUUAUCACUUUUACAGCUUCUGUCUCCAGCAUCUGUUCUUAUCAGGCCAUACCUGCAAAUUACGGUUUAGGGCUUUAGGGAAGGUGGUGGCAAUGGUCUCUCAGUCUUGGGUCCUGGGUGAUCUUCCCACCUGCUUGUCUUUUUUUUUUUUUUUUUUUUGGUUCUUUUUUUCCGGACCACCUGCUUGUCUUUAUAAGCUGCUGUUUUUGUUCAUUAAAGUUUGAGAGCUUGAUCAGAACACAGACUUGCUCUCCUUCCUUGUGCCUCCUGUCCUCCAUUCUUUCGCCCCCUCUCAGGUCUCCACUGAACCACCGCAGACCGGGGCACUCAACCAGAUAUGGUGGCACAGGUCUGUAAUCACAAUGCUUGGAAAAUGGAGACAGUAGGUUCAGGAUUUUACAGUCAUCCAAGGUGAAAGUGAUCAAUGGGGUAUGGUGCUAGUCCUAGAGAAACAAGGCAGACUGUGAUUGGCUCAGACCAAUAUGCAUAGUGUUCCCUGCAGCUCCAGAAGCUCAAGGUCCUGAAACCAGUAAGUGUUUGGUAAGGUAUUUAUCAGGAAACGUUUUCUAUUAUUUAUAUUUCUUCCCCUAGACAACCUAGGACAAUUCAGGAUCAGUGUAGGAUCCUAGUAGGAGUCCAAGGGCAACAAUUAUACUCAGGAUGGGAUGAGUCCACUAGUGUCAUAUAGAAAGCAAAUUAUUCAUCCCUAAAACUAUAAAUCAGGGCUAUACCGGUAGGUUUUAUUGAUAUAUUUAUGCAUUAUUUUUCAUCCUUAACAAGAAAAAUUUGAAAAAAAUGGGGACAGAUAAAGAAAAAAUAGAGCAAAGUGAAAAUAAUGCAAUAUAUUUUUAUGUAAUGUGUAUAAAAAUACAUUUUAUAUGAAAAUGUGUCCAGAUAGACAACUUAGCAGUUUAAGAUAAACUGGUCUUUGUUACAGUAGACAAGGAGUCUUAUUUUCAAAACUACUUGGUUGUUAACUAUAAUUACAAAGUUUCUGCUGCCCACUUCUGGUCUCAGCUUAUACUGUUCUCAGACCCAUGUAGUCAAGAUACCAAUACAUAUAAAAUAGCAUUUAAAAGGAAUAGCUCAGAAAACUGGAAUUCUCCAAACUGAAGUCAUUGUCCUGAGAAAUAGAGCAGUCAGGGAUAAAUGAAAUGUAAUUCAUUCUUGUCCUGCAUUGAUGCAUCCAUCACCUUCCUCUGAACCAGCUUGUACAGGAAGAAAAGCUGCUUUACUAUGAUAUUAGGAUAGCUCAGCAGAGUUGGUCAUGUAAGAGCAGUAACCACAGUACUAUCAGGUGACUUUUCCAUGAUGUAUUCUCUGCCUGUUCUCUGUCCUUUGUAUGUGUGAGAAUUGUGGCAUUGAUACAUCAUUUAAUGCUAUCAUAGAGAUCUUACUUCAUGAUUAAAAUGUAAGUCUGUGCUGAAAACCACCAUCUUCCUCAGAUGCUAGACUUGCAGAGUCCUUUCCCUAUUGAUGUGGUUCUAAGGAUGACGUUGGGCCUAAAACUCAGAAAUAAGUAGGAAUGAUAGCAUAUGUGGAAUGCAAAAUCUGUUCCUGUUUGGUUCUCUUUGAACUGAAUACACACUCUUUUUAAAGAUAUUUUUAAAGUAAUUAUUUAGUGUUGGGCAGUAAAUCCCUUAUCAAACACAUAUUAAUGCUAGAGCAGCUGUACCUGCAAACUAGAAAAAUGUUUCUGAGAAAAGCUCUACCGCAGCCAUGUGUCCCUGAUCCCAGUUGUUGCUCCUGAGGGCCACAAAUAUUGUCUUCUUCAUUAGCAAGCUAAAUUCUUAAAUUAACUGCCCACACCACCACUCAGUUUUAAAAUUCCCUCUUGGAGCCAUGUAGACAACAUUCAUUGAAGCAAGAGGAAAAGGAUCUGCAUGUGGAGCAUGGCUUCUACCUUCAGACCACAGUAGGAGGACUAGUUUCUCGUGUAAAUCAUGGAGACAAAUAGGGCAAGCAAACAACUGUUAGCACCAAGAUUGUGUAGAAGUACCAGUUUGGGGCCACGGUGAGUGAUUUUGUAAUUUCCCAGCCUGUACUAAUUCAUGAUCUGUACAAAUUGGGAAGAUUAGCUUGAUCCAAUUAAUAUUGAAUUUCCAACUGGAGGGCACUAUUGGAGAUAUGUCCAAUGCACUUGCAAAUUUACUUCAGCUCAGACUGUUUCAAAACAAUCUGAUGUUUUGUGGAGCUCUAGUUACAUAUAGAUCACUGUGAGCUGGCAUGUAAAUGUUAGGGAUAAAGCCUGCUUCUAUAGUUAGUGCUUUUUACAACAACCCACUUUGAACAUAGUAAAGUAUGAUCUCAUGCACAAUGUAUUUGGGACAAGAGGAGUAGCUUUGAAAAGAGCUGCAAGCAUGUAGAGGAGUUGACAUACAAGUGAGCUAUGUGUGCUUCAGUGACAGAGUUGGCAGAGUAAGGAUAGCUAAGUACACUGUAGUUAGGCGACUUCAUCAUAAUCUCAAGAAGCUGAACAAUGAUCUUCAUGACUCCACGUUUUCCUGCUGGAUUUAGUCUUGCUUUGGUCUGUUCUAUCCUUAGCAUGCUUUGACUCAUUGUGAAAUAAUACCGUUUAUUCUUCACACUAUAUGGCGGAAACCUAGCACUCUUGUUGAAGGUCAUGGAAGAUUGUGGAAGUGUAAGAGGUAGUUUGCACUCUCUAAGAUUUUAGCAAAAUGUGCUGUUGAAACGGGAAUGUGUCUCAUUCACUCAUAUCUAAAAAUACUUAUUUUCCAGUACCUGGAAGACUUUGGAAAGGAAUAGAGAUGUGAGCACAUGUGUAUCAUGUAGAUGAUUUAAGAACCUUCAUAUGCCUAUGACCAUACAAGUGUGCUGCCUAUUUCCUUUCUGAGUUUCAAAAUGUGAACUCUAUUUUCUUCUCAUUUCCAUGGGUUUUCAUUUUCUUCCAGGACUCUAAGCCUAUGGAAGUAGAAGUCCAAUUUAAUUCUUUCAAUUAUAAUUUGCCUUGGCCAUGAUGUGUUUUAUGACAACACUAAAUGUUAACUACACAGAAAGGUUUUGUGAACAGUGAGAGCACAGUACACCUCCCCUUCCAAUGAGAAACCAUGGAGGGUAUUUUCUAAAUCGAGUUUCAGAGCAGUUAGCUUAAGUCCAUUCCCUUUGAGAGUAAGAGCAACCCCAUGAUAGACAAGUCUAGGCUGCUAUGGAGAAUCAAUCCUGUUAGGAACAUAAUGCUUUAUUCUAAACAGGCCAAUAACAAAUUACUUUUCAGGUCACUCUUCUGUAGAAGAUUAUCAUGCUAGGAAUAGUGGUUCAAUUGCAUGGCAUAAAUAUAUACUGCUAUUUCAGUAUCUAUACUGCGUUCAGUAUCUAUUAUAUAUUUUAGUGUGCUUAGUGAAUCAAGAUCAGCAGGUGUUCUAAAAGAGACUCUGUCUCAUACAGAGGAGACAGAUCAAACAUAUUUGUGACAGCCUAGCAGACUACACUGUUUCUACAAGUUACUAAUUAAUCACAAUGUAAAAUUUGACUUCCAAGUUAAAAGCCAACUUUUUUUUUACUUGUUCUUCCUCUAUAAUCUUGUGAUUUCCACAUCAUAAAUUAUUUCUACUGUUUAUGGUAUGUUUUAAAAAUUGGCUGAUAUAUAACUAAAUUAAUACCUGAAAAGAAUCUCCUUUUGUCAUCACGUGCUAUAAUACUGAGCCUUGAUUUUGACUAUUAAAAGACUCUACUUGGGUUCGGUCCCCAGCCCUGAAAAAAAUAAAAAGAAAAAAAAGAAAAAAAGAAAGGCUCUACUACUUUUAGUCAGUGCUACCUUAUAUACUGGGAAUGAAAUCUCAAAGGUCUGAUAGAAAGUUUAGGACUCUGUCUUUUGGGGGGUAUAUUCUAUCCUAGGUUGUCUAUUCUUGAUCAUGUUUCUUGUCCUAUGUGUUCUAGAGCAUGUCAGGGGUCAUGAUUUCCUUGAUGGGUCCCUGAAGAAUGGAAAGGAAAUCUUGGGAAGAGAUGAGAAUGAAAACCUCAUGAAAAUUGUCUUUUUCAACCUGGAUCAGAAUUCAGGGCACCUAACACCAGGCGAAUCAUUGCCAGCAUACCUAAAACACAUUGCAAUAAGGCAAAAGUUUUCCAGGCAACUGUCUAUCCAAUCAGUCCAACUCCUGGGGCAAAUAUACAGCCAAGGAAGUACCGAGACAGAAACCCUUUUUCCAAAAGCAUAUUACCAGGGAAUAGAUUGUCUAGCUUAACGAUGUAUGAUCAAAUGUGGUCUCUGACAAAUAACAAAGAGGACGGCAGACCAUAAAAUACAUGUCACAUUUUACAUAAGGUUAAGUGACAGUUCGGAGGGGGCAAAGCAUGGGUUAAUCAUUCUUGGGAAUGUGGGUGACAUCUACCUUUAUAUCAAGGUAGGGGGCUUCUUCCACCACAAAAAGCAAAAAGCUGAACAUGUAAAUAAAAAAAAAUACACUUGCAGCAUUUAGAUUCCAGGCAGGCACUUGAUCUCCAUCUCUAAGGAGGGAGGCCCCUUCUUUAUUUUCCUAAUAAUUGGUGGAUACAUUGUGAUCUGCAAGUCCUAUUGUUUAUUAAAGUUUGGAACUCCUCCUCAAGUUGGAGAAUUAGGCUCAGGCAGUGAAUUUCUUUUUGGCUAAUCAAUGCAACAUGGUCAGUCCUUCAACCAUAUACACAUAACCAGUAGAAAUGCAGUCAAAAAUUUAUAUGUUUGAGCAUUUAUAUUGACACAUACAUAACAAAGAAGAAAUUGGUGGGGAAGAAUCUAGGAUUGAGCAAAAAGAAAGAAGGGCAUAAAUUGUUGAGGAUAUUUGAUUAUGGUUCCUAGAAAGAGUAGUUGUAGUAAAAAACCAAAGCUUAGGAAGAUAUUGCCUUUUCAGAUGCAGCUGGGUGUGUCCUGAAAAGAUGUGGUUUGGUUGUGUGUCUGAAAGUCUCACUAGAGAAGAAUUCUAAAGAGAGGAAAGUUCUUGCCUAUUUUAAGACAAAUUGCUGGAGAGGGAUCUUGUUUCUUUGCUGUCAGACUUGAGGCCAUGUCAGCUGGAUGCAUUGAGGUGCUCAUCAGUUAAGUUGAAAACUGUUGACUCCCUACAGACUGUGCUUGGAUCCUCACAGGAGAACCACUAAUUGCAAUGACCUGCUACAGCCUGACAAAGGUAUAGUGAGGAAGAUAGAGUCGUCUUUAGCAGCAAUUAGACAUUCGAGAGCCCUCUUGGUGGGCAGUCUCUUUUGACUCCAUCUCUGUCUCUUGGCUUAGAAGAACUUCUUGGAAGAAGAGGGUGAGAAAUAGCAGGACACAGAUGAAACAGGAUGUGAGGAAAGGGAGCAGAGGAGCUCCCAUGAGUUCUGAUGACCUCAAGAGAAAGGUCGCCUACCUAGGUAGAAGGUCAUGGAUGAAGGAGAGUUCUGAGCACCUAGCAGUUUAGUUGUAUAUUCAAGCUUAUAAAUAGAUAUUUCUCAUAUACAUAGGAAAAUUAAGUUUACUCUCUAGGUUAGCAGGUUUGGAAAUACAUAUUAGGAAGAUGUAAAAAGAUAAAGGUUACACACAGUGAUGUAUUAUAUUUCAAAUGUAUAAAUAUUAAUUUUAAAUGAAAGUAUACUAAAUAAUGAUAUGACUAAGUUUUGAACAUUGAAUGUUGUUACACAAGACACAGAUGCAUUCCUAGAGAACAUAUGGCAGUACUCCUGCUGCUCUGACUGCAAUCUCUCGGAUAUAUUCCCCUCCUCUGACCCUUGUACAAACAAGUGCCAGAAAAACACUCAUAUACAUAAAAUAAAAAUAAAGUAUAAAAAAAAACGGAGUCUUCUAUGCAGAUGUAACAGCCUUGAGACAAACAGCACUCAGGAUGAGGUCAGAUGCCCUUCAGUUAAAAUUACUCUAGUUAAUUACCUAAAACUGAAACCAGUGGACACUAUGAGGGCUUUACAUUGUUUUUAAUACUUAGCAUGGAAAACCCUCUUUAAUGUGGAGCUUUUGGAUUUACAAGGAAAAUCUUUAUAUUAGCCCACAGCUUCUGUUGACAGGCCACAUACAGAGAGGAUAUUUAAGAGGGCUAACAAUGGUGCUCCUUAGUGAUCAGCAACCAUUUCCUGCUCUUCUCCCCGGGUUGUCGGGAGAAUCUUAUUGAAAGGGCAAGAUAAGCACCAUUUCUGGAGAAUCAUAUUGAAAGGUAAAGAUAAACUCCAUUAAUCUCCAUAUGGACCUCAUUUGUCUCCAUUUGGAAGACCAGACCUGAUUUCCUAAAGAGCCAUUAAGCACCAGCUUCAGAAGUAGACCCUAAGUCCCUGAAAGUAAGUCAUAAGGGAGGAGCUCUAGGAACAGACCCUAAAGUCCAGAACAAGAUUAUAAACCCCCGCUGCCAGAGACCAAUCUUGCUAUAACCACAAAAUAGUAGAAAUAUGGUAUAUCAGAAUGCCCGAUCUGCACUGUGCAGCCCUAUUUCACCAUAUGAUUAAAAGUCCAUGACACUGAAAUUCAGACACUGACCUGUCACCCCCUAGCACACAGCAAUGACAUUGUAGAUUACCUAAUUCUUCUAGACGGUUCCACCUGUUCCCUAUAAGAAAGUGUGUGUGUGCCUUUCCUGGGAUCGACAUUUCAAAGAAUGGUUAACACCCACAAACGGGUGUUUUCUACAUAAUUAAGUGCUUUUUAUUUUUGCAUAUUAUCUGGGCCUAGGGUUUUCUUUCAGUGAUUUUCAGACCAUCACAACAUGUGGCAGGUGAAUAUCAAUUCCUCCUUUCCUGACAUCAGUGUGAAAUCACAGAAACGAAUACCUAUUGUGUCCUACAAUAGCCCUGUAACUGUCACUAUCCUUGGAAUCCUUUUGCCUGUGGGUCCUAUACUUCCCUCUGCUAAAAGGUGAAAAAUAGACUGUGCAAGCAAUUCACCUUGAUUCAAGAGCAGGAACAGAGGACAGUUGGGGGAGGGGAGGAGGAGGAAGAGGAAAGGGAGAGGCAGAAGCAGCAGGACCAGGAGGCGAAUGAAGACAUUCAUGCUGAGUGUUGGAAUGUAGAAAGACAGGUUAUUGGAGGACUGGCACAAGUGACAUUGAAACAAGAGUCUUGACCAUCAGAAAAGUGUCAGCUCCUACACUAGAAUCCUGGGGCAGGAAAGCAUUUACUGUGUACUUUCAAUGCACUCUAACCCUAAAGGCGGUGCUCACGUCACUGAAGAUGCAGCAGCCAAUCAGGGUCUACAAAAACACUUUCCACUUAAAAGGGGCAGGAACUUCCGAAUGCUUUCCUGCCUGCUGUAGGUUCCUCCCAUUCUUAGCCUAAUGUUGGUGCACAUGUCACUCAAGAUUCACUGGCCAAUGAGGACCUCCAAGAAGACCUUCCGAUCAGAAGAGCAGGUACUUCUGAGCACUUUGGUCUCUGCUGCAGGUUCAUCGCCAUUGAAGAGCAACCAUAAUGGAUUGGUUUGAUGUGGUUUGACCUCUGCUUCUCUGUGCCUUAGCGGAGUACGGACAGGUGAAUCGCAAUUGAAUCGCAAUAUGGUGAGCCUGGGACCACUGCCCCUAACCUGAAGGGAAGGUGACUUGAGAAGCGGGAGUCCGGGUGGCAGGCCCAACCCUUGUAUGGAGUGGAAACUAACAGCCCUCUGUGUGGUUCCCUAUGAUCUGAGCCGCUAGAUGUAUUCAGCGGUGACAUCUGAAUAACUUCAUUUUGGGAGGUGCAUCUGCGCGAACCAUUUGGAGCAAGGGCUUGCAUGUAGAAAUAUCCUUAGCUAUAUGCCCAAUUCGGAGAGGCCUGGUUUGUCUGGUAUGUUGUAGAAGGUGUGCCCUUGCUGCUUAAGAUCCGUUUGGAGUUAAUUUUGUGGAGACUGUAAAACCCAUCUCACCCACUGUGUAACGCUCCAAAUUUAAGGUGUGAUGAGAUUAGAAUCUGUGAUUUAAAGGAUUAUCCAAAGUUUGGAAAAUAGUAGGACACAAGGAAUAAAAUUUAGUUGAGGGAAUGACUCCCUUUAAAACAUCCCACGGGGUUGGGGCUUUAGCUCAGUGGUAGAGGGCUUGCCUAGCAAGCGCAAGGCCCUGGGUUCGGUCCUCAGCUCCCAAAACAAACAAACAGACAAACAAACAAAAACGCAAAAAAGAAAAAACAAGAAAAAAAACCCAAACCCUUAUAAAACAUCCCACUGAGAAGUAGUAUGUUAACCAAUCAUGUCAGAGAUUAGGAUGCUAGGAUACACAUGUUUUUUUCUCAGGGUUGUGGGGAAAUAUGGCUCCAGAUCAUAUAAAAGAAGAGAACCUUAAUUAACAAACACCCACAAUGUCCAUGACCGGGUCAAAGACCAGCCUAUUAAAAAACUGCUGAAUGGAGCAUUGUGGGGUCGUAACUAACACGAAGGCCUGGUGUGCCAUAAAGGACUGCUUUUCUUCUUGAGAAAAGCAUAGUUCUGUCCCAUGGACAAGACAUCUGGUGAAGCCAUUCGAAAAGGAAAAGCACUGUUGUGGUGCAGAAUGGCCUGAUUGAGCAAGGCUCUCCGUGAGGCCUUCAUGGAUAGAGAAUUACAUGGUUCCUUCUGAAACUCAGCCAUAUCCUUGACAGAGCAUGUUACAGCCUGGGUCCUAGACUUGGAGCCUUUAGUUAAUGCCUUGAUGUAUUUAUUAAAGAAACAAAAACAAGAAAUAGAGCUCCUUCUGUAAAACCAACCAUGUGCUUGGGAGAGCUGGUAAUGGUCUGGGGCCAGGUCCUUCGGAGAGGGGAUAUCUCUGAUCCUGAGAUUCCAAUAAUUCCUACCACGUGGGGCUAAUGGAAUCAGUUCCAAACCCCUGUAGUCAUGGUCAGUAAUUUUGAUGAAAUUACUCUCUUCUCAGUGUGCAGAAUUGUUUGAUAGAGCCCUCUUUCUUUUGUCCAUUGAAUGGUAGUUUCUGCUGAUUUCAUGGGAGUGUUGCAUUUUUUCCAUUUUUCCCUGUAGGUAGUCUACAGCUGCUGUUCUUGAGAAACUUCCCUUAGCAUCCGCCUUAGCCCCUCACUAUCCCACCCGAAGUUUUAUACUUUCUACCUCCUUUUUUUUUUUUUUUAACUUUUGCAUCCUGUGUGGUCUUCCACUUAGGACUGUGUCUCUGAAGAAUAGCCUGCUCUUUCAGGGUUUUGGUGUUGCUAAAUAAUUGAUAUAAUGUGUGUUCUAUGUAAAUCUCCCAACCACCAAGUGGCUAAACCAAGUUGUCUCCAUGCCAUCCUUAAUAACCAAGGAUGUAAAACCCAAAGAGACAUAGGAUGGUGGCAUAAGUGGAAUGCAAAUCUCUACUACCCUGGCUCUUCUUUCAGCAUCAGGGAGAAUUAGGUGAGUGUCCUUGUUACAGAGAUUUCUUUAUCUUCGUUAAUAUUUUAAUUGUGUCUUUGCUGAUUUGUACCCUGGAAAGACAUUAAUUCUAGACAGCUGUAUUUUCAGCCCUUUAGAAAAACAUUUCUGACACAGACUGUGUUGCCUCAGGGGGCACUGACACUGAUCCCAAUGUGUUGCUCCCUAGAGUAAUGACCAUGCUUUCUUCUUCUUCUUCUUCUUCUUCUUCUUCUUCUUCUUCUUCUUCUUCUUCUUCUUCUUCUUCUUCUUCUUCUUCUUCUUCUUCUUCUUCUUCUUCUUCCUUUUUUUUUUUAAUUAACUUGAGUAUUUCUUAUUUACAUUUCGAAUGCUAUUCCCUUUCUUGGUUUCCGGGCAAACAUCCCCCUAAUCCCUCCCCCUCUCCUUCUUUAUGGGUGUUCCCCUCCCCAUCCUCCCCCCACUGCCGCCCUCCCCCCAACAAUCACGUUCGCUGGGGGUUCAGUCUUAGCAGGACCAAGGGCUUCCCCUUCCACUGGUGAUCUUACUAGGAUAUUCAAUGCUACCUAUGAGGUCAGAGUCCAGGGUCAGUCCAUGUAUAGUCUUUAGGUAGUGGCUUAGUCCCUGGAAGCUCUGGUUGCUUGACAUUGUUGUUCAUAAGGUGUCUCGAGCCCUUCAAGCUCUUCCAGUUCUUUCUCUGAUUCCUUCAAUGGGGGUCCUAUUCUCAGUUUAGUGGUUUGCUGCUGGCAUUCGCCUCUGUAUUUGCUGUAUUCUGGCUGUGUCUCUUAAGAGAGAUCUACAUCUGGCUCCCGUCGGCCUGCCCCUCUUUGCUUCAUCCAUCUUGUCUAAUUGGGUGUCUGUAUAUGUAUGGGCCACAUGUGGGGCAGGCUCUGAAUGGGUGUUCCUUCUGUCUCUGUUUUAAUCUUUGCCUCUCUAUUCCCUGCGAAGGGUAUUCUUGUUCCCCUUUUAAAGAAGGAGUGAAGCAUUCACGUUUUGAUCAUCCGUCUUGAGUUUCAUGUGUUCUAUGCAUCUAGGGUAAUUCAAGCAUUUGGGCUAAUAGCCACUUAUCAAUGAGUGCAUACCAUGUGUGUUUUUUUGUGAUUGGGUUACCUCACUCAGGAUGAUAUUUUCCAGUUCCAACCAUUUGUCUAUGAAUUUCAUAAAGGCAUUGUUUUUGAUAGCUGAGUAAUAUUCCAUUGUGUAGAUGUACCACAUUUUCUAUAUCCAUUCCUCUGUUGAAGGGCAUCUGGGUUCUUUCCAGCUUCUGGCUAUUAUAAAUAAGGCUGCUAUGAACAUAGUGGAGCACGUGUCUUUGUUAUAUGUUGGGGCAUCUUUUGGGUAUAUGCCCAAGAGAGGUAUAGCUGGAUCCUCAGGUAGUUCAAUGUCCAAUUUUCUGAGGAACCUCCAGACUGAUUUCCAGAAUGGUUGUACCAGUCUGCAAUCCCACCAACAAUGGAGGAGUGUUCCUCUUUCUCCACAUCCUCGCCAGCAUUUGUUGCCACCUGAGUUUUUGAUCUUAGCCAUUCUCACUGGUGUGAGGGUUGUUUUGAUUUGCAUUUCCCUUAUGACUAAAGAUGUUGAACAUUUCUUUAGGUGUUUCUCAGCCAUUCGGCAUUCCACAGUUGUGAAUUCUUUGGUUAGUACUGAACCCCAUUUUUUAAUAGGGUUAUUUGUCUCCCUGCGGUGUAACUUCUUGAGUUCUUUGUAUAUGUUCGACAUAAGCCCUCUAUCUGUUGUAGGAUUGGUAUAGAUCUUUUCCCAAUCUGUUGGUAGCAGUUUUGUCCUAAGCACAGUGUCCUUUGCCUUACAGACGGCAAAGCUUUGCAGUUUUAUGAGAUCCCAUUUGUCGAUUCUUGAUCUUAGAGCAUAAGCCAUUGGUGUUUUGUUCAGGAAAUUUUUUCCAGUGCCCAUGUGUUCGAGAUGCUGCCCUAGUUUUUCUUCUAUUAGUUUGAUUGUAUCUGGUUUGAUGUGGAGGUCCUUGAUCCACUUGGACUUAAGCUUUGUACAGGGUGAUAAGCAUGGAUCAAUUUGCAUUCUUCUACAUGUUGACCUCCAGUUGAAUCAGCACCAUUUGCUGAAAAUGCUAUCUUUUUUCCAUUGGAUGGUUUUGGCUCCUUUGUCAAAAAUCAAGUGCCCAUAGGUGUGUGGGUUUAUUUCUGGGUCUUCAAUUCUGUUCCACUCGUCUAUCUGUCUGUCUCUGUACCAAUGCCAUGCAGUUUUUAUCACUAUUGCUCUGUAAAACUGCUUGAGUUCAGGGAUAGUGAUUCCCCCUGAAGUCCUUUUAUUGUUGAGAAUAGUUUUAGCUAUCCUGGGUUUUUUGUUAUUCCAGAUGAAUUUGUAAAUUGUUCUGUCUAACUCUUUGAAGAAUUGGAUUGGUAUUUUGAUGGGGAUUGCAUUGAAUCUGUAGAUCGCUUUUGGUUGAAUGGCCAUUUUUACUAUAUUAAUCCUGCCAAUCCAUGAGCAUGGGAGAUCUUUCCAUCUUCUGAGGUCUUCUUCAAUUUCUUUCUUCAGAGUCUUGAAGUUCUUCUUGUACAGAUCUUUUACUUGCUUGGUUAAGUCACACCGAGGUACUUUAUAUUGUUUCGGUCUAUUAUGAAGGGUGUCAUUUCCCUAAUUUCUUUCUCGGCUUGUUUCUCUUUUGUGUAGAGGAAGGCUACUGAUUUAUUUGAGUUAAUUUUAUACCCAGCCACUUUGCUGAAGUUGUUAAUCAGCUUUAGUAGUUCUCUGGCGGAACUUUUGGGAUCACUUAAAUAUACUAUCAUAUCAUCUGCAAAUAGUGAUAUUUUGACUUCUUCUUUUCCAACCUGUAUCCCCUUGAUUUCCUUUUGUUGUCUGAUUGUUCUGGCUAGAACUUCAAGAACUAUAUUGAAUAAGUAGGGAGAGAGUGGGCAGCCUUGUUUAGUCCCUGAUUUUGGUGGGAUUGUUUCAAGUUUCUCUCCAUUUAGUUUUUUUUUUUCUUGGGGGGGGGGGGCUGGGGACCGAACCCAGGACCUUGCGCUUCCUAGGCAAGCACUCUACCACUGAGCCAAAUCCCCAACCACCUCCAUUUAGUUUAAUGUUAGCAACUAGUUUGCUGUAUAUAGGGUUUACUAUGUUUAGGUAUGGGCCUUGAAUUCCUAUUCUUUCCAGGACUUUUAUCAUGAAGGGGUGUUGAAUUUUGUCAAAUGCUUUCUCAGCAUCUAAUGAAAUGACCAUGUCGUUCUUAUCAUUUAGUUUGUUUAAAUAGUGGGUUACAUUAAUGGAUUUUCGUAUAUUAAACCAUCCCUGCAUCCCUGGGAUGAAGCCUACUUGAUCAUGAUGGAUGAUUGUUCUGAUAUGUUCUUGGAUUCGGUUUGCAAGAAUUUUAUUGAGUAUUUUUGCGUCGAUAUUCAUAAGGGAAAUUGGUCUGAAGUUCUCUUUCUUUGUUGGGUAUUUGUGUGGUUUUGGUAUAAGAUUAACUGUGGCUUCAUAGAAGGAAUUUGGUAGUGCUCCAUCUCUUUCAAUUUUGUGCAAUAGUUUGGACAGUAUUGGUAUGAGGUCUUCUAAGAAGUUCUGAUAAUGUUCUGCACUGAACCCAUCUGAACCUGGGCUCUUUUUGGUUGGGAGACUUUUAAAUAACUGCUUCUAAUUCUUUUGGAGUUAUGGGGUUGUUUAGAUGAUUUAUUUGUUCCUGAUUUAACUUUGGUACCUGGUAUCUGUCUAGAAAAUUGUCCAUUUCCUCCAGAUUUUCCAGUUUUGUUGAAUAUAGGCUUUUGUAGUAGGAUCUGAUGAUUAUUUCAAAUUUCUUCAGAUUCUGUUGUUAUCUCUCCCUUUUCAUUUCUGAUUUUCUUAAUUUGGAUACACUCUCUGUGACCUCUGGUUAGUAUGCCUAAGUGUUUAUCUAUCUCGUUAAUUUUCUUAAAGAACCUGCUGCUGCGUUUGCUGAUUCUUUGUAUAGUCCUUUUCUUUCCUACUUGGUUGAUUUCAGCUCUGAGUUUGAUUAUUUCCUGACUUCUACUCUUUUUGGGUUUAUUUCUUUCUUUUUGUUCUAGAGCUGUAAGGUGUGAUGUCAAGCUGCUGGCAUAUGCUCUCUCCUGUAUAUUUUUGCAGGCACUCAGAGCUAUGAGUUUUCCUCUUGUACCACUUUCAUUGUGUCCUAUAAGUUUGGGAAUGUUUUAUCUUCAUUUUCAUUAAAUUCUAAGAAGUCUUUAAUUUCUUUCUUUAUUUCUUCCUUGACCACGUUGUCAUUGAGUAGAGCAUUGUUCAACUUCCAUGUAUAUGUGGGCUUUCUGUCAUUAUUGUUGUUAUCGAAGACCAGUCUUAGUGCGUGGUGAUCUGAAAGGACGCUUGGGAUUAUUUCUAUCUUCCUGUAUCUGUUGAGGCCUGUUUUGUGACCGAUUAUAUGGUCAAUUUUGGAGAAGGUUCCAUGAGGUGCUGAGAAGAAGGUAUAUCCUUUUGCUUUCAGCAUGGAAUGUUCGAUAAAUAUCUGUUAUAUUCAAUUGAUUCAUAACUUCUGUUAGUUUCCCUACGCCUCUUUUUAAUUUCUUUUUCCAUGAUGUAUCCAGUGAUGAGAGUAGGAUGUUGAAAUCUCCUAGUAUUAUCCUGUGAGGUGCAAUGUGUGCUUUGAGCUUUAGUAAGGUUCCUUUUAUGAAUGUAGGUGCCCUUGCAUUUGGAGCAUAGAUAUUUAGGAUUGAGAGUUCAUCUUGGUGGAUGUUUCCUGUGAUGAAUAUAAAGUGUCCUUCCUUAUCUUUUUUAAUGACUCUUGGAUGGCAACUUCAGCUUGUUUUUUCAGACCAUUUGCUUGCAAAAUUGUUUUCCAGCCAUUUACUCUGAGGUAGUGUCUGUCUUUGUCUCUGAGGUGUGUUUCCUGCUUGCAGCAAAAUACUGGGUCCUCUUUUCGUAUCCAGUCUGUUAGUCUAUGUCUUUUUAUUGGGGAAUUGAGUCCAUUGAUGUUGAGAGAUAUUAAGGAAUAGUGAUUGUCGCUUCCUUUUAUUUUCAUUGUUAAAGGUGGAAUUAUGUUUGUCUUUCUUUUGGUUUCAUUGCAGGGAGAUUAUAUUCUUGCUUUCUGUACAGUCUAGUUUCUCUCCUUGUGUUGGAGUUUUCCAUCUAUUUUCCUUUGUAAGGCUGGAUUUGUAGAAAGGUAUUGCAUAAAUUUGGUUUUGUCAUGGAAUAUCUUGGUUUCUCCAUCUUUGUUAAUGGAAAAUUUUGCUGGCUACAGUAACCUGUGUUGGCAUUUGUGUUUUCUUAGGGUCUGUACAACAUCUCUCCAGGAUCUUCUGGCUUUCUUAGUCUAUGGUGAGAAGUCUGGUGUAAUUGUUAUAGGUCUGCCUUUAUAUGUCACUUGACCUUGUUUCCUUACUGCUUUUAAAAUUCUUUCUUUGUUUUGUGCAUUUGGAGGGCAUUGGAUCCCAUUACAGAUGGUUGUGAGCCACCAUGUGGUUGCUGGGAAUUGAACUCAGAACCUCCAGAAGAGCAGUCAGUGCUCUUAACCGCUGAGCCAUCUCUCCAGCCCUACAAAUUCUUUUCUUAUUUCUAUACUUAGGGUGUGGCAUAUGUAUGUCAGACACCAGCAGUAUAUAAAAUGUUAAACCAAAUAAGGAUCAAUGAUGCCACUUGAAGCUCAAAGCAUCCUUGGGUUUUAUCUCUAAAACUCACAUAGUUGAAGUAGAUAAUAGACAUCUGUGAGGUGUUUUCUCACUGCUACCUACACCCAUGGCACAGGUGUAUAUCCACAAACACAGUUGAAACAUUUUUACAUGGAGGGAUUACAAAGGAAAGAACCCAGUUUUUGAGAAUACAUGAAAUGAUUUGCCAGUUUAACUUAUUGUUAUAAAAUAUCAGUACAUAUUACCGAACAUCAAAAGUAUGAGGUUUCCUUUUUAAAUCUUAGUUUAUCAUUCAUCCAUUCUUCGAUUCAAAUGUAAGACAUAGGAAAACCUCAGAGUCUCUUCGAGGUACAUACCUGUAAGCCCAGGACAUGUGCACGGUGGCAGUCCAGUCUCUGCGCUUUAGACCAUGGUUGUGUACAUAGAGAGUUCUUGGACAGCCAUCCUAUAGAAUGACAUCUGUAUCUAGAUGAAAGAGCAAACCUCCUUUUAGUGAAAGUCCCUAAAACAAUGUGCCUGGCUUCUGGACUCAUUUGGCAGCAUUGGGAGCCCACAGCAAUGCCUGGGAGGUAAACCUCUGAUGUAAUUUAUGCUUCCUGUAGGGAGAGAAAAGGAACAUGUAUGUAUGAAGAUUUGUUUGCUGAAUGGGAUUGUAUUCUGAUUCCUUGAUGCCUGCAAAACUUACAGUUAGGAACUCUGAGUGGUGGUGACUCUCGGUGACAUCAAGGCUGUCCUCAGGGGACGAUGGACCUCAAACAGAAGUCACUCUCAUAAGUCUGUGGAAGUCAAGCCUUUAGAAAGAAUCAUGGAGUAUGGAUGAACUAUUGGGGGUAGGGCUUUGGAUGUAAAAGCAAGAGGAAGAAAAGGCCCUCCAGAGUGCAAUACUUGGGGCGGACGUGAACACCAGCCGCCUUCCAUUGUACUUUCUAUAUCCACUCAGCUGUGACGAGUCAGUCCUGUCUGAUUGUUAACCUCUCUUUUUUCUUGGCACGUACACAGAGAUGUCAGUGAUAGCCCCCUGCAUACCCAGCAUGGCAGUCUCCAAUUAGACCAUAAAGUCUUUCAGUCCCACAAGGUCAUACCUAUAACCUGCCCUCCUGGUAGGAAGUAGAUAUUCUAAAGAUUCAUUCAUAUCUCUCCCUUUGGUUAUGCUGUAGUGUAAGAGUGGACCCCAUGAGCUUUGAAUUUCCCUUGGAGUCUCUGGAAAAUGACUGAUUCCUCUAGGUAUGAACUUCUCCGCAUAUCUUCCCAUUUACUGAAUACUUUUCAGAGGCAAGAAGAGCUAGAAUUCUGUUAAGGACUUAGGAAUAGGAGAAAAUUCCCUGUUCCAAAUGAGUCACGCGGAGUAAAUAUGUUAAUCUUUUUCAUCUGUUAUAAAUAAUUUCCUUUUUUCCUUUUCCUUCAUUUUUAUUGUUUUAUUUUAAAGAGUAUUUUCACUUAGUCUCUGGCUGGCCUGGAACUCCUACCUGUUGGAUAAUCUCAAAGAAUUUUGCCCACCUUGUCUGAAAAUACCAGCAUUAGAGGUGAACAUGUCAGAGCUUGAUGAAUCAGUUCUUUUAAUUGGCUUAAUGGGGAUGAGUGGCUGAGUCUAUAUGGUUAGGGUAGCAAAGACAGAGACUGUGGUCCUAAGUCUAGCAAUAGAUGUCUACCAUGAAAUGCACCCCUCUUCCCUUCAGCUCCACUGUCUUUCUUUCUUUCUUUUUUU